AAAAGCUGUGGAUUCCGAUCUGACGUACUCUUCUUAACAGAAAGUCGUCUUAGUGAACGAAGAAAAACGGAAGGAGUGGCUUUGUUUCUUGGCAUCUUCUCUGUUGGCUCCAUGAAAUUGAAACCGUGGCUUCUUUACUCUGCAACUGCAAGCGUGCAUAAAACAAGGAUUCAUUCCAUUCUUUGUUGUCGUGGCGCGUGCCGAAACCAAACGAAAUGGGUAUCCACCUAAAUUGAACGCAUUCAUUCUAGUCGGUUCAGAGAGAUCGAGAAAGAGACAGAGACGGAAGCAAUUCUAUACCCAUACCUUAUUACAGUAUGGGGAAUACGUUCUGUGGGUUCUGUACGUGCAUAGAUCAGGCGAGUAUAGGGGUGGUGGAGAGAUGGGGACGUUUCGAGAAAUUGGCUGCUCCCGGUUUCCAUUUUUUCAACCCUUUUGCCGGUGAAUGGGUCGCUGGAGUUCUUUCCACCAGGAUCAGCUCCCUCGAUGUCCGAAUCGAGACCAAGACCAAGGAUAAUGUCUUUGUCCAACUGCUCUGUUCAAUUCAGUACCGAAUAAUCAGAGAAAAUGCUGAUGAUGCAUUCUAUGAGUUGCAAAACCCCAAAGAACAGAUCCAGGCUUAUGUAUUUGAUGUGGUGCGAGCUCAUGUUCCCAGAAUGACUUUAGAUGAACUUUUUGAACAAAAGGGUGACGUUGCACAAGCGGUAUUGGAGGAGCUUGAAAAGGUUAUGGGAGCAUAUGGAUAUAGCAUAGAACACAUACUAAUGGUAGAUAUCAUACCUGAUGCCUCAGUGCGUAAAGCCAUGAAUGAGAUAAAUGCAGCUCAAAGGCUCCAGCUUGCUAGUGUCUACAAAGGUGAAGCAGAAAAGGUGUUCCUAGUGAAGAAAGCUGAGGCGGAGGCAGAGGCUAAGUACCUCGGAGGGCUUGGGGUGGCCCGGCAACGACAAGCUAUCACAGAUGGCUUGAGAGACAACAUUUUAAACUUCUCUAACAAGGUGGGAGGCACAUCGGCAAAGGAGGUGAUGGAUCUGAUCAUGAUCACGCAGUAUUUUGACACAAUCAAAGACCUAGGGAAUUCAUCCAAGAACACUACUGUGUUCAUACCCCAUGGCCCUGGUCACGUUAGAGACAUUGGUGAGCAGAUACGAAAUGGGCUGUUGGAGGCAGCGAGUGCCAAUGUUGAAUGAUUUUGUUCACUUUCUGGCUUCCCAUUAGUUCUUAGUCCUGUUGGCUUACCACUGAAGCGUGCCUUUGUUGAGUUUCUGCAUAUUUGUAUGCGAAUAAAAGGGGAGAAUAGGAUUAGACAGGAACAGAAUGUUUACACCAAGGAUGGAUCAUACUGUUUUCUUAGUAAAUACAUAGGGGUCUAGGUUUAAGGGUGUGGAGGAGAGAAAAAGGAUACUUAAUUGCUUAUGUAGUUAUGUGCACCAUCAAUGACGUGUAAAUAUGAAAUUGUCAUGUGUUUAUCAAUCACAUUUACUUAUAACGUC